GCAUGCGCACUGCUAAAUCGAGCAGCUGAACCUUGUGUCAAAACACCGAGGGAACCAGCGGCAGGAUCUAACCUCGGUUUCAGCUUGUGUUUGCCUGCACAGUGUUUUUAGUUACGCCCGCGUACCAUGACCGAACAAUCAGCACUACUUCUUCGAAAACAACUAGCAGAGCUCAACAAGAACCCUGUGGAGGGCUUUUCAGCUGGCCUGAUAGACGAUGAUGACAUUUACAAAUGGGAAGUUGUGAUCAUUGGUCCACAAGAUACCCUUUUUGAAGGGGGGUUUUUCAAAGCAUACCUAACCUUUCCUUAUGAUUAUCCUCUACGGCCGCCAAAAAUGAAGUUUAUCACCGAGAUCUGGCACCCCAACGUUGCAAAGAACGGGGAUGUUUGUAUCUCAAUUCUGCACGAGCCAGGAGAGGAUAAGUUUGGUUACGAAAAGCCAGAGGAGCGCUGGCUUCCCAUCCACACAGUAGAGACAAUCAUGAUUAGUGUUAUCUCCAUGCUGGCAGACCCCAACAGCGAUUCACCCGCUAAUGUCGACGCUGCGAAAGAGUGGAGGGAGGAUCCUAAUGGUGAAUUCAAGAGGAAGGUGGCGCGCUGUGUAAGAAAAAGUCAAGAGAUGGCAUUUGAUUAAGAGUCAACUGUAAAUUCCAGGUUUAAGGAAAUGCCUUCAGAGGGAAGAUUUCAGCAAAAGGCUUUUGCACCCCUUGUUUUGCCAGUCAAAGGAAUUGGUUGGCUUCAACCACAUUUCUGUGAACGGUUGUCAUUUUCCACCAGAUGAGCCAAUUUGAGAACCCUACCAGCGAAAUUAACCUGUUUCCUACCUGGAAUUGUAUAUUUAAUUUUAUUUAUUUUGAGAAAAAAAAAUAAUGAUGUAAGAUAUGUCACUACUGUAAAUUAACUUGCUUUUUUAUCUGCUGCUGAACAGUUUCUACUUUAUACCAGGUUUCUUAUGCAAUUUAGUGGUCAAGAUUGUGUAAAACAAAAUCAUUAGGUCGUCACUCGUCCUCCCCGCUGCACAUUGUCAGCCCAACAAACCUCCGUCAAUAGAUGUGAUUAUUUUUCAGCACUGUCAUUGAAUCACUGUUGCCUUUUAUUUGGCUUCAUUCCUUCACUGUUUGCUCACAGUUUGCUCUUUGUGUAGAGGGACAGAUUGAGAAAUUUUCGAGUGAUUAUAAAGGAUUUUCAUACAGCCUCCUGCUAGCGUUUUCUUCUAAACGCCAGAGGACGUCUAACGGUUUAAAACCACGAGACUCAAACCUGCAUGAUCCCUUCGAGCAGCUCCGUUAUGUAUCACUUCUAGCUGUGUAUGUAAAAGGAAUGGCUUACUCAAUGAUUUGAGAGUUACCGUUUUAUAAUAUAUCGACUCGCACAAGCAUAGCUAAUGAUAACAGAAGGUUUGUGCCAACUUUAUUGUCAGUCCUAAAUAUUCUUGAUCCUACCCUUAAAAUGUGUGGCGCUCCUGGUCAAUGAAGUUGGUUGAAAAACAUGGGCAACCAGUCGCAGUCUGUGAAAAUAGCCUAAGCUGUGAUUACUCCACAUGUGUACAGGUUAACUGACAUCAAGCUUACCUCAAUUUAAACACAUUUGACCCGGUUUAUGGUUGAGUGCUUAAUCAGUUGGGGAACGGUGGUGAUUUUUAAAAGCUCCAUAGUAGAAUUAGACUAGUCGUUCUUUCUUUCUUCGCUGUGGCACAUUUCAAUUAGUGUGUCACUAAAAGUCACAUUCACAUGUGGGUUUUAGGCUCUUAAAAGGACUUUGGGUAGAUAUUUGAAUGAUGCUCUUAUAUCGGCAUCUUGAGUUCUGAUUGGUGCAUACUUGGAUAAUAUUUAUCGCCUCUCCUUAAUUACUGAAUUUACGUUGUGAUCCUUGAACUCACCACUUAAACUGUAAAGCGUUUCGCGCGUGUUCUGUUGGGAAAUGAACACAGUCCUGUGUCUAGGUUUUAUUUUUUUAAGGAAUACACAGAGUUUGGGUGGAGUCUGGAAACCCUGGGCUUUUGUUCAGACUAUUAAGCCAUGAUGACAUCCGUUAUGUUCUACACGAUUGAUCUGUGAAUUACACUGAAAACGUAGCUAACCAUCUUUAAGCGCAUGCAAUCAGGGUUUUAAAGGAGUUGGGUAUGUUUAAUACCAUUGUUAGUGCAUUCUGGGUGAAUGUGAUGUGUACAGUUAGACAUCUGUAGACUUGAGGAUCACAUAACUGCUGUUGACAUUACCUUUUUAAGUCAGAAUUUUCUAACUUACCAUGACCUCCUCUGACCGGUGUUCACUGUAUUUGCACAGAUUCGGUGCGUUUGAAAUGUCAUUAAGCAAUACGCUCUGAAAAUGGUGUGACCAGGUAAUCCACCCGCCAUUAUUUGUUUUUUGGGGUUUUUUGUUUUCCAUUUUGUGUCAAUGCAAUGUAUAUUGGACACGAUGCUCAAUAAAGUGUGUAAACAGA